UUCCUUUCUUGAUCGGGUAACUGGGCUGUACCUAGGGUAGUAUGCCCAACGUUCUCUGCCCGGCACAACGUGAAUGUUGACUGAUGUCUUCUGCUGUCAAUUCUCGAGACUGGACAUUCGCGUCGAGCCGGGAGGCUCUGCCAGGUACAUCUCGACUUCAAUUACUCCUCGCCUUCAAUAGUUGAUCCGCGUUUCUGCCUACUGCUGUUUGUCGGACAUCUCAUCCUCCGCCCACCAUUGGGAUCCUCCCCAUCACGAACGCCGUUGUCGAUGCAAACGCUUGCUAGUUGACAAGAGUGGUUCUCAUCAGCGCGUCGAGCACGAUGGCUGCACCAGCAGGAGCGGGCAAUGAGCGGACCUACUCCCGUCCUGCAAGCCGGGACGACUUCGAGAUUGCGAUAAUCUGUGCACUUCCCCGCGAAAUGGAUGCCGUUGAGUUGCUCAUCGAUAAAUCCUGGACGGACGAGGUCGACCAAAACCAAUACGGAAAAGCUGCAGGGGACACGAACACCUACGAGCUAGCGCGGAUCGGAAGCUUCAACGUAGUACUUGUUACCCUUGCCAACAUGGGAAAAGUUGAGGCAUCCGCGGCAGCACAGUGUGUCGCUACAAGUUACCCGAAUAUCUCCCUAGUCCUCUUGGUCGGUGUCUGUGGCGGCAUGCCUUUCGCCAAUGUCGGAGGGGAACGCGAGGAAAUAUUCCUUGGCGAUGUGGUCAUCAGCAGCAUCGUGAAUCAAUACGACUAUGGAAGACAGCUACCUGAUCGUUUUCUCCCCAAAAGCGACGUCGAGGAUACGCUCGGCAGGCCAAACAAGGUACUUCGGAAUCUGCUCAGGAGCUUCGAGAAAGUGAGAGCUCGCGAUAAGUUGCAGAGGCAGGCAGCUAUCAACCUGGUGCAGCUUCAGGAGAGCAGCCGCCAGAACCCCCGAUAUCCCCGAUAUACAUACACAGGGACAGACAAUGACAGACUGUUCGAAGCCUCAUACGAGCACAAGCAUCACAGCCCUGCGUCAAGGUGCCUUCCUUGCGCGCAAGGAUUGAUUUGCGAGUCAUCCAGGAAAACUCCGUGUGAUGAUAUUGGUUGUGAUACCAAAUAUUUGGUUAAGAGAAAGGGAUGCGGUCAACCCAACCAGCCCAUGGUCUUCAUAGGGCGUGUGGGGUCAGCGGAUGCUGUUGUUCGUUCUGCCAAACACCGCGAUGCUCAUGCCGAAAAUGGCAUCAUCGCCUUGGAGAUGGAAGGUGCCGGGGUCUGGGAUGUGUUACCUUGCCUCGUCAUCAAAGGCGUGUGUGACUACGCUGAUAGCCACAAGAACAAAGGGUGGCAGGGUUAUGCUGCGGCCACCGCUGCGUCAGUUGCGAAGGCAUUUCUGAACUGCUACCAAGGGACUGGAAAAUUGUCUGGGAGGGCAAAUGCCGCGCAAGAAGCUAUGGUUGACCGAAAUCAACACCAGCCGCCCUUUUCCAAUCUUUCAUUCCAGGCUGAUGAUGGAUUCAUCGAACGUGGUGACAUCACGGACUGGUUGCAAAAAAAGCUUGACAAACCAGGGAGCCGAGCUGCAUUGUAUGGAUUUGGGGGUGUAGGAAAGUCACGACUUGUCAUUCAAUACGCGCGGAUGAUGGAACAAGAACCUUCGAAACCGCACAUCUUCUGGGUACAUGCGGGGACCAGAGAGCGUUUUAUAGACGCCUAUCGUGAGAUUGCAGAUGGACUGAAGCUUGAGGGUCGUGAUAAGCCCGACGUAGACAUACUGAAACUGGUAUGCAACGGGCUCCGCCAUGAAAGCAAAAGCUGGCUCAUGAUCGUCGACAACGCCGACAAUAUCAACUUAUUUUUUGCAACGGACACCCAUGGCCAGCUUACCGGAAAUGGAGCCGCUUCCUCAACGGGGGCAAAAGGUCUUCUGCCGUAUCUCCCUCGUACGGACAAAGGCAAAAUAUUGAUCACAACGCGGAGUCAACAAGUUGCCGAGCUCCUAGUAACGCAAGUUACGGAAGACCUGGAGAGUAUUCGCCAGGUAACGGCAAUGGAGAAUCUUCAAGCAAAACAGCUUCUACGGAAACGGCUCGGGAAGUACCAUGACGACAAGAUCGAAGAGGACCUGGUCAAUGUCCUCGAUUGCAUUCCCCUCGCAAUCAUCCAAGCUGCGGCAUUCAUCGUCUUUCGGUCUCGCAACAAUGUAUAUUCCGCUGCCGAAUAUCUUGAACAAUUCAGACGAAGCGACGACCACAACCUCGAGCAUCUUGACUUCCACAAAAACAUCAAAUUAGGCGAUGAGGAGGCAUCACACGCGGUAUUGAGGACAUGGACUAUGACGUACGAACAAAUUAAACAAGAACGGAGCUCGGCCGCCAACUUACUAUCUGUACUAAGUUUCUUCCACAACCAAGGAAUACCGGAAUGGGUACUCGAGAAGUACUAUGAUCGCUAUCAAAUGUUCCAUAGCGACAGAUCCCUGCCUCAGGAUAGCCCAAAUCCUCUGCAUAAGGAUCUUGACGUGUUGUGCGGGUACUCUCUCGUCACUGUGGUGUCCUUUCCUGGGAACCAGAACCGCCAGCAGCCAACUUCCCGCUCCCUUCAGAUGCACGCCUUGGUACAAACUUGUACUCGCCACUGGCUGCGGUCCAACAAAGUUAAUCAGCAGUGGCUGUCCACCGUGACACAGCUCUUGAACACAGCACAUCCAAUUCCCGCUAACGAAAACUGGGCAGGGUGUGCAGAGAUCUCUCCGCAUGUUGAUUCUCUGCUUACAUUCCCUGGGCUUGAGCGACUCGAUGAAAAGCAUACUACCUGGCUGGUUGACUUGCUUAUCUCUGCAGCGUGGUACAAUACUGAUAUCGGUACCCUGGGGAGAGCAGAGAGCUUGAUCAUGCAAGCGCUAGACGUUGCUGAGAAACGGCUGUGCAACCCGCAUAGUGAGAUCUACCUGUAUCCGAUUCUCUUGUUACUGGGCAGAGUGAGCUUCUACAAUGACACACUUAAACCCAGAUUUAUGUCUGUAGCGAAUCGAUAUCUUGCAAGUCUAAUAAACUCGCUGACAACCCCUUCUGAAGAAUUCGGCUCACUUUAUACCUACAUGCAGACAAACCCGUCUGCGACCGUUCCGAUCACCUCAGAUCCCGAUGAGCACACCGAGCAGCAUAACAGGGUUAUUAUGUCAAUUCAGGGCAUGAAGUCAUCAGGUUUCGACAACCCUACUGUGCUUGAAGUGGGUCAUCUUGAGCGCUUUAUCUUGAAUGCACCUUUCUGCGGCUCAAACGCACAUGCCUUCGAAAAAAUUGACAAGAUCAUAACCGUCCUCGAGCUUUUGAGGAGAUUUGAAGACGAGAAAAUUCUCUGCCGUGCACUUUUGAGGCGGCAAUGUGAAACGCGCUUGAAUGAACCGGAUGUGGACGAUUUCACACUCAGUCCUUCUUGUGAGGGCUUAGAAGAAACAGUGGACAAGCUUUGCAACGUUCUGAUUGUGCAAAACAAGUACGGAGAAGCAGAAGACCUCUUGCGAAUGCUUAUAUUAUCAGGCGGUCAUUUUCCCGGUCAUUAUUUCUUGCUCGGGAAGGUAUUGUUCAAGCAGAAGCGAUUUAAAGAGGCCGAAGAGAUGUUCCGGAAAGAGUUAGACCUCCGCUAUAUCCCAAGUUCUUGCGAAAAAGAUCUAACCCCUCAAACGUUCACCGAAGACGGCAUGCUUUAUUAUGAGUGGCUUGGCCGUACACUCGCUCUACAAGGCAAGCAUGCCGAGGCGGUAGUUUGCUUUCGCCACAUGCUCGAAUGGUCCCAGCAGAUGCAAACUCUAGAGCACCCUGAUGCGCUGAAAACAUACGACGCCCUCGCGAAAAGUCUUGAGUGUCUGGGUGAAUAUGAAGAGGCGGAAGGUUUACACAAGCACUGUGUUGAGAUCUGUGAGAGGGAAUGCUCGCACGACCACGACUUGCUAUCGGGCUAUUUAGUGGAUCUUAUCAAAAAUUUAAGAUCCCAAGGCAAGAGAGGGCAAGAAGAGUAUCAAAAGUUUGAAGAUCGACUGUCCCAGCUGGGGUAUGAGCUCGUCUUCUCGGACGAUGAUGACUCUUGUAAAGAGUUGGAUAGUGGCGGCAAACCCUCCUCCGACGGAAACCAAUCAGGGAGUGAAGAGGACCAUUCGCAGGAGCAUCGUUCAGAAGAGUUGCAGGUCGAGAGCACAUCAAAACCAGUUGAUCCAACUACAAUGGCUACAAGCAUAACCGUCCUGGCUCACGAUUAUGGUACUAUGAACUUGACUAGCCAAAACGACGAGCGACAUCAUCAGGGACAUGUUGGGAAAUCCGACAAACCGCUGCUAAACCACGACGACAGCACACCAACGGAGCGUGACAGGCAACUAGAAGAAUCUGGUGUUGAGAUACCUGUUGUUGAGACUCAAGCAGAAAGCCAUGAGGGAAACCCACUGACAUCCACAUCGGCUAUGCAAGAGCAAUGCAUAGAAAUGCCAACCCAAUGGAUCCAAGUGGAGCAAGGACAAGGGAGUCAAAUUAGGGACGAGCCAGAGGAUAUGCAAAUCCAAGUCAUAUCCGAGACAUUGGAAUCAGCAGCAAGGAAAAGGAAAAGGGCGGACACCAGAGAUUCGGUCAUCACGAAUGGUAGCAUGUCCACAGAGCAGCCAAGCCGGAAGGUUGCGCGAACGGAAUGAUGACAUCCUCGAGAUGGCUGAGCGCGCCCAAGCGAAGCGUUCACACAUCAUCCGACGCGCUGGAGCAAAGCUGGGUCUGUGGUCACGACGUGGUAUGCCUAGCGACGGAGUGACCGCCUGCUGCCCGGCAUUGCUCGACUGGCUGCCCCGCUCGUCAGGCAGAGAAGCGCAGCUGGCAUCUGACUGCAUCAAGUUCCCCAAAUCCUGGGAAAGCCCGGUCGCCUCGGAAAGCGGUGGGACAUCAAAGUUCAACUCCGACGGCAACUGAUUGAUGGCAGAACAGAUGUUCUCGA